UGUCAGUUUGCGCUCCCGCACGGAGCGGAUUAAUUUAAAGAGCACGACUACAAAUAUAAAGUCUGAGUAAACGCCAGCACUUCUAAUGGAGUCAAGUUCACUUUUAUGGAAACUGUAUUUUGGCGUUUUUUUUUCCGGGUCGGGUGCUCAGGAAUGAUCGUUUUUUGAUGAGUAACCGUGUUUAUGUCGUUCCUAGCUUAAGGCGGCUUUAGCUGGCAGAACGGAGGCAGAGCUGCUCUCGAAAUGAUGAAUGGCUUCUCUCUCGGUGAGCUCUGCUGCCUGUUCUGCUGUCCGCCCUUUCCCAGCCACAUCGCAGCCAAGCUUGCCUUUCUACCCCCUGAGCCCACAUACAGCUUUCUUCCAGAUGCAGAAGCGGGUUUGACACCAGGGAGAACAAGCCCACAGCUACAUAGUAGUGAAUCAGUUUAUGGAAGCAGAGGUGCUGGGACUAUGGAGAGGAAGUGGAAGCUCCACCUGACUGAACGGGCAGAGUUUCGGUACUCCCAAAGAGAGUUAGAUACUACAGAGGUGUUCCUCACACGCUCAAAUCGAGAGAACAGAGUUGCCUGCAUGUACAUUUGCUGUACUCCGAAUGCCAGGUUUACAGUGCUUUUCUCACAUGGUAACGCAGUAGACCUGGGCCAGAUGAGCAGUUUCUACAUCGGCCUCGGUACUCGCAUAAACUGCAACAUCUUUUCCUAUGACUACUCAGGCUACGGUGUCAGCAGUGGCAGGCCCUCCGAGAAAAACCUUUAUGCAGACAUCGAUGCUGCCUGGCAUGCACUGUGCACAAGGUUUGGGGUGAACCCUCAGAAUAUUAUCCUGUAUGGACAGAGCAUUGGCACAGUGCCCACUGUAGAUCUGGCAUCACGGUAUGCAUGUGCUGCUGUGGUCCUUCAUUCUCCUCUAACGUCUGGCAUGAGAGUGGCAUUCCCAAACACAAAGAAGACUUACUGCUUUGACGCUUUCCCCAACAUUGAGAAAGUGGCCAGAAUCACUUCUCCGGUGCUCAUCAUCCACGGCACAGAGGACGAGGUGAUUGACUUCUCCCAUGGCAUGGCCCUGUUCGAGCGUUGCCCCAGGGCUGUGGAGCCUUUGUGGGUGGAGGGAGCGGGGCAUAACGAUGUUGAACUCUGCAGCCAGUAUCUGGAGCGUCUGCAGCAAUUCAUAGGACAAGAACUGGCAAUACAUCAAGCCUGACAUCUCCUCACUCCAAGCAUAAUCACCACCAUGUCUCCUGGCCCCAGCUAAUGCUUUCCUUUUGUAUCGGUUGUUGUUGUUUAUUAUACCCUGGCAGCCAUAGUUUUUUAUCGUAUCAGUGGGCUCUUUUUCAUACCCCGACCCUAACCAUCUAACCAAUCAGCCCCAGUUAUGCAUAACUGUCAAUAUUUACCUCUAUCCCAGUGUGGUAGUCUGCAGCAACACAUCUGCUUGUUUUUAUUUCCAAAUACACUAUUUGGACAUGAAACACUUGCUUCAGUGAGUUUUUCCCAAUUUAUCAACAAAAGUGAGCAAGUCAACACAAUCGGUUAAAUACAAUGGCUCAUAUCAGCAGCAGUUGUUGUUCAGUGCACGUGGUCUUUUGUGGUGUUAAAUAAUUUUCUCAUCUAUCAG